GCAGACUGUCGAGGCAUUUCUGCCAGUCUGAUCAUCGCACAAUAUCUCCCAUGGUUCGUUGUGUCUGGUCAGAGUUCUUCAUACAAUCGGAUUGCGUUGUAUCCUUUUUCUACUGUCUUUCUUUUCAGUUGGUGCCGAGGAAUCUAAUCUCUGUGACCAUUACAAGCCUGUACAAGACUCUUUCAUGAAGCAAGAAGAAUAUGGAGUCGCCAGGCAGCGAACUCUCCAUGGACAGCACGGAUUCGUCACCGGCGGACUCUACUUCUGCUGACUCCCCUCCUGCGCAGGCCAUCUCGAGUAUGAGUGAGGACCGGAAUCCUCCAACCAUGGACAGCACUACUAUAAUCGAUAAUGACGACUCAGCCUCAGACAUAUCUAUGUCUACAGAUUCGGACGAUGAAGAAGAGGAAGAACAGGACAAUGCGCCCUCCCAGGCGAUUCAAGUUUCGACAGCUCCAGCAUCUACGGUCUUGGAAAGCCCGGAAGUACCAGAAGAAACGUCCAAGAAGAGAAAGUUUUCCAUUUCUGAAGAUACUGCCAAUGGUCUCCACAACAUCCCUCGUUUAGAAGUACACAAGCGUCUCAGGGCCGAUGGUGCGAUCCAACGGCACCGGAUGGCAGACAAUCGUCUACGAAAGGACCGAUCUCUCCUCCCACCUGAGAUUUGGCAUCAUAUAUUUACUUUCUGCCCCCCAAGAGUUUUGGGUAUUUUGUUGCAAGUCAACAAAUCUUUCAAUGCCUAUCUUGAUCCUUCUUCAGCUGGUCCAUCACUUGAACCCCUUUCCGUCUCAAUCACACAAAUCCUGACGCCGGCUUCCAUUUGGCGAGCCUCCAGAAGUCUCUACAAUUUACCUAGUAUGCCGAGUCCAUUGUUAGGAAUGUCCGAGUUGGAUAUGUGGAAGCUAGCAUGUGGCUCUACAUGCCAAUCCUGUGACAAGAAGAGGCAGCCCAACUACUCGACCCCUAUUGAUCAAUGGCAUCUCGGCCCUGGUGAAAAAAGUGUCAUCCCUAUCUGGUCAUUUGGAACCCGCUACUGUGGGCUCUGCUUACAGAAAGAAUCUAUGAAGGAAAUCGACCUCUUGCUCUCUUCGUCUAUUCCCUCGCCGUUGUUGACUGCUCUGCCCUUCGUCUUCUUUACCAAUGAGCUCAACGUUAUCUCUCCAUCUACGAUAGAGAGUGGGCAGCCCCCGGCUGGUGUACUUGUUGCGAAGCACUUCUCCAAAUCUCAAAUCGAAGCGAUAAAACUGAAAUUUGAGGAGGUCAAAGCCUUGGGAUUGGCCACAGCAGAGGAGUGGUUAAAAGGCUUGGAUGGUCAAGGGCAGGAAAAGAAGAGCGAUGCAGCUCGGUGGGAACGCUGGGAAGCUCAAGGAGGCCUCACUCGCAUGCGCAACUUGGAAGCUAUAGAGGCUGCGAGCAGACUUUUACGAACCGCAUCAGCGAGGACAGCUGCAGCAUCCUCCACAACUAAUGGUAACUUUUCCGUGUACCAAUCCAACGGCUCUUUGCCAAAGCCUCCUCACCUUCCAAAUAAUUCGACCCAACAUCUCCCGAUGGCAGUACACAGCAUCAUCGCAAGUUCCGGCCCGCCCCGAUUUGGGUCGCCAAUACAGAAUGGGUUUGCAUCCUAUACGUCUCGUCAACCUCAACUACCAAAACAUGAAAGAACAAAGGAGGAGGUAGCCGAACUGAAAUUGGCCCGAAAGGCAGAGAUUGAACGACGAUGCAUGCUACUAAACUCGCCUAUAACCCCUGCAGUUUUAGCUCACAUGCCCUCAUUUCAGGCCGCCAUUCAGAUCAUCCAGCCCGUGACUGACUCUGCUUGGGAAGUAUUGGAGCCAAGACUUCUUUCACAACGUGAGGAAGCCGAACAAAGAGAGAAAGACAGACUCGCUCAGACCCGAGUGGUUCAAGAGCAAGAGCGUCGCGUUCUAGACUCACAAGCCAGAUCUGACUCCAAGGAUCCCUUGGAUCGGGAAUGGGACGACUUUCAAGCCCCUCUGCGUGCUCGGAUUGGUGGGUAUGCCGAUGAAAUCAUCCGUGAUGGUUGGAAUGGUGGCGAAAAGGUAUCCUACGAGACGUCUCCACACUUUGCCGCCGAUGUCUUGAUCUAUGUCCGGAAAAGAUUCUAUGCUGAGAUUGCCAAAGACGAAGCAGCCAUCCGUGCGACUGGAAGGGAACCAGAAGCAGACCCACCCAAUGGCCCAUACACCCGGAGACUUAUUUUGGAGAACAUGAAAUGGGUUUUCGACACCAAAGUGAAGCCAUACACUGAGCAAUACCGUAAGGAACUCUUUCUUUGCAAUGCUUGCGAUUAUGCAUCCAAGUACUAUGGCUUUGAGGGUGUUAUCCAACACUUUGCUGCCAAGCAUACGAGCGCCCUUAGUUCUGGAAGCGUGGUCGUUCAUUGGAAAUCGGAAUGGCCUGAAUAUCCCCCCUUCAAUCCGGAUCCUUCCAGCAGUUCCAUGAAGCCCUAUUAUCCAGCGGUGCCGUCUGUCAGUGUUCCAUACUCAAGUGCACCACCGGCCAUGCAGCCUAGUUAUGGUUAUGGUGGGUACCAGCCAGCACCUGUCUCUGCCCCAACACAAGUACACCCCGUGCAAAGCUACCAGGACAACUCGGGUUCUUAUUACAACAAUACGCAGUAUGGAGACCAGUACUCUGCGCCUCAGAAUGGAUCCUAUGCCCCCUCUCCAGUGUACCAAGAACCUUCCACGGGGUAUCAGGCUUCGCAGUACUCUGUACCGCAUCCACAAACUAACGGGUACAAUGACGCUCCUCAAGGCUACCCGCAGCAGACUUACAGCGGUCAAUACACAUCGGGUAGUCAAGGGAUGUAUGCAUCACCCCAGAUUGCACCCCUGUAUCCCACGACAGCCCCUGAUGUGACAGCUCAGCAAGUACCAUAUGUUCCACCACCUAGUGAGUAUGGUUCGUCAUAUAAUCCGCCAACUACAUACCCACCAGCAAACUAUAACCAGCCUCCCCAAAGAACAGAGGAAUACACAGCUAGACUCCAAGAUCUGGUCAAAAAUGCCCGUAACAUUUGGAGCUCUAUUGGUAGCCUAAAGGAAGUUCCAGGAAGCCUCAAGGUUUAUACGAUCAUUUUUCACAUUCUACAGAGAUUUCGAUCCACUUUCCAGGAAGAUCCUUCGCUCUCCAUAUUGGUGGAUGGUUUAUCUAACAAUAAGGACAUGCGCCCAGUCAGGAACGUCAACGGCUUGGUCUGUAAAGCAUGCAGCUUAGGUAUGAUUGGGUCUGUUCCAACUGCCCAGAAGAAGCAUUUCUCUUUUCCUCAGCUUGUCAAUCAUUUCCAUUCCGUCCACGAGCAAGGAGUACCGCAUGACACACUUGGCCAUAUUCCGGAUUGGACCAAGGAUAUGGUCGAUCUCCCGGACAUCUCCAAAUUGUCAUCUGUUGUCAAUGCCCCCGGCAUGGAUGACCAAAAGCUGAGAUUAUUUACUGAUGCCCUUCCUGAAAUCAUACCUGUUCCUGAACCGCGUAUGGAGGAGCCACAAAACGGUUUCAAUGGACAUUAUGAGGACAGAGCAGGACCAGCUUCUUACACCGAACUCGCCCCAUCUCAAGACAAUCACGAGAAAUACUAUGCUACCGCUGAUAGAGGCAGGCCAACAGAGCCUGACAGUGUGCCAGAGGACACUGGGGAGUAUGAUCCACGCAAUCCUGGGAACAUGUCAUUCGACCAACAACCCAUCUACAAAGCUCCUCGGAGUAGUCGACCAUCUGGAGAAUUCACCAGGGACCAUGAGCCUGUGCAACGAUAUCGUCGUUACGAGGACGAGCCGCGCAGAGAAGUCUACCAAAGUCAUUCUGACCGCCAGUAUGUUGAGCGGAGGCCGUCCUCCUCCUAUGGUAUCCCUGUUGCAGAAUACGAACGGGUCCUUAUUCGUGAGGAAGCUCCUAUCUACCUGGACAGACAACCUCGUUACCAUGACUCCGGCGAGGUUGAGUACCGAGUGAGACGCGAGCCUCCGAUCAUGAGAUAUGAUGAAGUAGAGAUGGCACCACCCGGAAGAGAAUAUAGAGUUGCGAAUACUCAAGCAUUCCAGUCCAACAGGGACGACAUUCCAUUAGCUGACGGACGGGCAAGCCAUACACGUCCGGGAGAAGAUGCUGCAUCUCAGCAAAGCCGAAUCAUCGAUGUAGUUGCCCAAAUAUCACAGCAUGCACAACAAGCUCGCGAGAGACAGCCGGUUCGAGAAGAGCCUUUGGAAACCGGCUCGGAAGACGGUGAAGUUAGGGUCGAGAAUGGCACCCGUCCAGCAGAAGCUCGCCCUACACCAACAGACGAAGCAACCAAUGAUGCCGAACGCUUCUUGAACAAUUUCCGACCUGGUGAAAGCAACGAAGGCACGCCAAAGAUUAUUCCAGAGCCAGAACGCCGUAGAGAUGAUGAACCUCGACCUGCAUGGGAAGCUGAUCGGAAUGGAAGCAGCAGAGCAUAUCAAGCUCCUUUGGAACCCCAGCGCCGGGGGCAAGAGUACGACGAAGAGGAACGAUACGUCCCAGGCCGGCGACUAGUAAACCCUGCUGCUGAGGAUGAGUACGGUAUUCACGAACGAGCGCCUCUAUCACGACCAUCACGAACUUACGCAUACGAUGAUCGGUAUGUGAGCUCGGUCCCUGAGCAGGUACGAGAUCGAUCACCAGAAUUGGUCGAUCGUCGCUACAAGCUGAACAACGUUGUCUACCGCGAUGAGAGACAAGGUAGCAGCAAUGGCACUCAUCGUACGCCUAGUAGAUACGCUAGGUACGAAAGUGUCCGACUCGAGAACGACCGUGCUCGUUCGAGGUCACCAGUAUACGUUAAGAUGGGCCCCCAACCCGGACAAUACCGGGAACGCUCCCAAGGAGCCGCUCCACCCCUCCGUCAAGAGCCUAUCUAUCGCGCGCGAACACCUCAGCAACAACAAGCUGGAGAGGAGAUCGCUUACGAGAGACCGCCUCCUCCUCGACAAGAGUACUACCGCGUCUAUGCCGAUGAACGUGAACCUCGACCUCGUGCGCCUCAAUACGCUGCUGCUGAACCUGCUUACGAAUACGUCCGAGUUCAAGAUCCACAAGGCGACUACAUGAUUCGUAGACCUGUUCGUCGAGAGCCUGAACCCGUUUAUUAUGAAGAUGAGGUCUAUGCUCGACAACCGGUGUACGAGAGUCGUCCUGCAAGAGCAGAGCCACAAUAUGAGGAAUAUGAUCCCAGACAGCCAGCACCAGGUCCCGGCCCCGCUCCCGCGCCCGUUCGACAGGCCAGGUAUCAGUGAUGUUCGGGGUUCUCGAUUUUUCAUUUGUCCUCUUCACAAAAGCUCGCUUAUUUCUUUUUACUUCUUGUAUUGUACAUUACGUGUGAUAUCAC